AUGGACUAUACCCCUUACUACAUUCACUACUAUCACAGUCUAAAGGCUAUUCAGUAGGAAUAUAGAACUAGACCCAAAUUGAUCCAAGAUUUAACCUAGAAGAUUAAUGAAAAACUCAAUGAUAAAAUCAUAGAAGUACAAUAAGAGUUAUUAAAGAAGUACAUGAUUGAAGAGAGAACAUUACAUAGUUGGAUUGAUCACUAUAUUAGCGACCCAAGCAUUAAGUCUCAAUUAGACUUGAUCGACAUUAAUAAUGAUAGAUUAUUUGGAGAGGUACUAUAGGAACCCAAUUUCAAUUUAGAGUUCCCAUCAACUCUUACAAAGGAAGUUUAUAUGAAGAUACUGAAAAAGGUUUUCGCUACCAUAAGACAUAGAGUUUACAAGUAGAUUAGAGAUAUCGUAAGACCAAGGCCAGAUAAAUAUAUAACAAAAAAUGAGUUAAAGGAUAUACUUCAUAAUCUAGACUUUUAAAAUAUAAGGGCAAGAGUUUAUACUAUGUAUGGUCUACCUGAACCCACUCCAAGAUAACCCUCUCAUAGAAUUCUUCAAAAGGCUCAUUAUACUUAUAUGAUUGAUAAGGAAUUCAUGUAAGAAAUCAGAGAGACCAAGUAAGCUCAUGAAAGAUUUAUGACUUAAAUUCUUGCCUCAGAUGUUUUCCCAGGCUUAGAUACAAAAAAUCCAUUAGAUAGUUCAGAAGAAGAAGUGGUUCCAGCUAGAUUUGGAAGUAAUUGGUAUGAAUUUAAAAAUAAAAAUGAAGAAGAUAAUGAAAAUGACUAUGAAGAGGAAGAAGGUAAAGAUCAAGAAAUUGAUAAUGAGAGAGUAUUUGCAUCAAAAAUAAUUGAUAAGGACAAUAUCUAACUCACAGAAUUGGAUACACAUAUUGAUCAAUAAAAGAGAUUACUAUUCCAAGAGACAAAAAUGAGGGUAGCACCAGAGUAAUAAUCUGAAGAAUAGUUUAAUUAAUGA